UACAAAUGUCAAUGAUAUCGUUCAUUUAGAGGAUAAUAUUACAUUACCCCGUCAGCGAUUAACUGGUUCUGGUGACUCUGUAAACGGCCGUGAGUAAUCUCGAUAAUUCGGCGUCAUGUCCGCGGAGAAGCCGGAGUGUCCCGUGGACUAUUCCCAGUCCAAGUUCUCCAUUGAUUUCCUCCUGCAGCGCCACGAUACGGGUGGGCAUCCCUCCGCCGGGACGCGCGCGCAAAGGUUAUCACCGUCGCCGACCCCGUCCAUGGAGGCGGAGGACCCCGUAGCGGAGGGCGGCCGGGAGGGGGCCGGGUCGCGGCUGUCGCGGCACAGUGAGCCGUCGGCGUCGGACAGUGAGCAGCGCCGGAAGCGGCCGCGGACGGCCUUUACGGCGCUGCAGAUUAAGACCCUGGAGACGGAGUUCGAGCGGAACAAGUAUCUGUCCGUGGCCAAACGCGUGGAGCUGUCCAAACUGCUGGGAUUGUCGCAACAGCAGCUCAAAGUCUGGUACCAGAAUCGGCGAACGAAAUGGAAGCGCAAAUUCGCCAACGAUCUGGAGUCGAUGGCGCAGCAGUACUACAGCUCGCUGGGAUUAAGCGGCUCGCGGCCCAUGUUGAUCGGCGACCGGCUGUGGAUCUUCAACUCGCCGCAGGAUGUGCCGCUGAAUCUGCGCCGCAACCUGCUGGACGCCGGCGUCAAUGCCAGCGGCGCCCCGCCCCCUCCUCCCCCGCCGCCGCCCCCCGGCCUCCUCAACGCCCUGCCGCGGGGCGCCCUCCUCGGGCCGCUGUCCCUCGGCAAUCCCGCCCAAACCAAACGAGCGUUCCCUCUUGAACACAUACUGGUCACUGAAUUUACCGCGGCAAGGAAAUUCUAA